CCAUACCAAAACAAAUUAACAACGAAACGGCGACUCGGCCAUCGUAGCAGCUAUCGGCGCAUGCAACAGAUCGUACGUCGUGCGAUACUACGACAAUACGCCGAUUUCCGACAUUGGUAAAAUCGUAUAAUUCGUAUUGCUUGAAACAGAAUGGGAAUUUGAAUUUCAACUACUUACACGGAUUGGGCGUGUUCGUUGUUCGAGCGAUCAGAUUUCAGUCAUUUUAGUACACUUGUUUAUGAUUUCAGUUGGCUAAGCUGCUACACAGUCUCCAGCGUCCACAACAAAGAGGUUCAACAAAUAGCUGCCUAACUGCUUGGCGCGCUUGCGUUGUCGCCAGUCGUCAUUGUUCGAACAUUCUGUUCGAGGGACGUCUAUAUCCUUGUUUAAGAUCUGUUCAUAAUCUAUCCACCAUUUUGCCAUCAUGUCUGAUGACCGGUCCAGAAACUAUAAUGAAUAUGAGCAUGCACCAAGUACUUCGGGUGUCAACACACGCCACAGCAACUCACCUGAAAUAUUUAAUCGUGGUUCUAUCAACAGAUUAGACUCAACAAAUGACAAAAUCCAAGAAAUUGCAAGACGCAGUGUUACGCCGUCAAACACAACUAAGACAAAUAAGAAAAAAACUUCAAAAUCUGAUUCAAAUUCAUCCGGGAUUAAAGUUAUUAGAUGUUCUGAACAAAGUCCCAACAAUGUUGAUGCCGCUAUAUCCAAUGCAGAAAAUGUUUUAAAAAGUAAUGAAAUGAGUCCAAUAGAUCGAAAUACUAUGUUAAAAAAUCUUUGCCUAUCAGAAACUGUUAGAGUAGUUAGUAAAAAUAUUGUUCUUGCAGGUAGUAAAAAAAAAGGAAACAAAUCAAGAGAUGAAAACACUUCAAUCAGAAAAAAUACUCAUAAAGUUACAAGUCGUAUAGUAAACUAUGGUAGUUCAAGUAGCAGAAUGGAAACUGAUAUUGAUAUGGACACGGGCAACACAAAUAUUAACUCUUCUGUUGACAUCGGGGAAGAGUCUACUGAUAGUUUGGAUUCCACUUCAACAACUACUGUGGUUCCUAAGUUGGUAAUAUCAACUCCCAAAACUAAAAAUAGAGUAAAAAGAAAUUCUAAUAGUUUAUUAUCUUCUAAUUCUUUCUGUGAUUUUAUACUAACAAAAUCUGAAGAUACUGCAUCUAUAACAUUUCCGUCUAUUUUAGAAAAUUGUGAUCCAGCAUAUAAAUACGUAGUUUCUGAUAGAAGAAUACAAGAUUUUAUAAAAAAUGCAAAAAUGAUGGAACCUGAUAAUGUUCUGCAUGCCUUUGACCCAACAGAAAUAGAGGAAAUUAUUAAUGAUGAAAUAAUUUUAGGUACGCACUACUAUUUAGUGAAGUGGAAAAAAUGGUCUAGAGGAUUUAAUACAUGGGAACGUUACGGUGCUCUAUAUAAUUCACAAAAACUCUUACUUAAAUAUAUUGAAAAUAAAAAGACUGAUGAACAUACAAAUAGAUCUAAAUAUGUAAAUGGAAUUGAACUUAUGAUGUCUAGAAAAAUUAUUUCCAUGAUAUUUGAUUUAUUCAGAACUGAGACUGGCUUAUGUCUGCCAGGAAUUUUACCUGAAGUUUUAACUGGUGUGCUUAAUAGUCACGAUGAUGGUCCUAUUCGAAAACAAACAUUAAAACUUCAUACCCUACAAAAUUAUUUGACUACAAUUUCUUUGGGUCACUUUAGACAACAACAGUUGAUCAAACUCCAAAAGUGGGAAUUUGACAUUAAUUCAGUAACUCCAGGUUAUCAAAUUAAAGUAGAAAAUAACAUAGACCUUGAAGGACCACCAGAUUUAUUUGCAUACAUUACGAAUUAUAUUCCUCAAACAAACAUUAUUAUACCAGAUGAUCCGCCUAUUGGAUGUUCUUGUAGAAGAAAUUGUCAAUCUCCUGAAGAGUGUUGCUAUGAAAUGUCUGGUUGUUUAAAAGCCUAUGAUAAGAAUAAGAAUAUAGUGGUACCUCCUGGUAAUCCAGUAUUUGAAUGUAAUAAAAAAUGUAUAUGUACAAAUGCUUGCUCUAAUAGGGUGGUCCAACUUGGUAGCAAUGUAAAUAUUUGUAUUUAUAAGACAAGAAAAUAUGGCUGGGGUAUCAAAUCUUCCCAAGACAUUCCAAAAGGACAAUUUGUUGGUAAAUAUAUUGGUGAAAUUAUCACAGUUGAAGAAUCUGAACAACGUUUAAAAAAGGGGUCGUCUCUAUUGGACAAUAUGUGGAGCUUGGACUUUGAUGAUUCACAAAACUAUAAAUAUAUCAUUGAUGGAACACAUUUUGCAAAUUUCACUUAUUUUAUAAAUCAUUCAUGUGAUGCGAACUUAAACGUUUAUGCUGUAUGGAUUAAUUGCCUUGAUAGAAAUCUUCCAGAGUUGGCCUUAUUUGCUAGUAGAGAUAUUUCGGCUGGUGAACAGCUUACAACUGAUUAUUUUUCUCGGGGUAAUCAAGAUUCUUUGAAAAAAAAUGGCACUAAAUGUCAAUGUGAUAUGAAAAACUGCCAAGGGUAUUAUUUUUAAGUUUAAAAUUAAAUUUUUAUGAUAAGUUGAUCAUUCAAAACGUAUUUAGCAAUUAACCUAUCCUUUAUAUUUAUUAUAAGUUUAAUACUUAAUGAUAUAUUUUAUUGAUAAGAUUAAGUUAUAGAGUAUAGAUUUAAUUGUAUUUUCGUACUGAUUAUAUUUUACAAAUUUAUGUAGAACAUUUAAUGUAAUCGAUAAUAAUGUUGUAUAAUUUGACUCUAUAAUAUAUUUUAGUUAUUAAACUAAGAACUUCAAACCCUCAUUUUUAAUAACCUCACUUUGUUUACUUUAAAUUUUUAAGGCCAAAAUAAUUAAUAUUAUUAUUCACAAUCUAUAUUCUUUUUUUUUUUUUUAAUUGUUAAAGGCAUCAACUACAAGGUUAUUAGCCUGCGUUACAUAUAUUAAAUUACAUAGAUUACUUAUUACUAUUAUAUUUAUACAUUUUAAAUAAGAUGACACAGUUCAGUUUCAUUUAUGAAUUUGAUUAUUUUCUUGGAUGUCUCAGGAGUGGGUGAAAGUAUCUCGUAUAGUAGUUCCUUAAAAAACCUGUAGUUCCUGUUGGAUGCGCAUUUCAUUGAACUGGCGACAUUCGAGGAGGAUGUGUUUGACUGUAAUUAUUGUUCCUCAAGUAGUGCAUAAUGGAGGAUCUUCUUUGGCCAUAAGGUAUCCGUGUGACAUACGGGUGUGGUCUAUUCGUUGGCGGACAAGAAUAACCUCAUCCCUUCUGGAAUCUAUAUUCUAUACAAAUACUUUUACUAAUUAUUUUUAAAGAUGUUCAGUAAAUUAAUACAUUAAUUAUAGUUUUAUACAGUUACUUAAUAUUGUUUUUAUUUUUUGUGUAUACAUUUUAUAAUAGAAAUAAAGCUUUGAUCUUCAACUUCAA